GUCUUUUAUAUUCACAUGCUUGCUCAUGCAAGUUCGUGUGAGCGUUAUCUAUAUUCCCAGUAUACUGAAUAACUGCGCCCUUCUGGAAACGUGUGACAAACACCUGUAUGAGAAGAGGAAUUCUACUUGCGCCGUAUUUACGGUAAAGCCGAUUGUUGAUCCCGCCCUCUCUUUGAUAGAAAACUCGGCGAUGUCGCUUCGUCUUUAAAGAGCUUGACCCAGAACCCAGGGAAGGAGGGGAAAAAACACAAAAAACGGAAUAGUCUGUAAGGGGUCCGCAGAGGUUUUCCACAAGCAAGUCCAUUCCUCCUGUUUCUGGGCUUGGUGGUUCGUUGACCAUCUACUCAUGAGCAACUAGAGCUCAACCUCUGACCUUGGUGUGAUCUCUCACCUCUACUACCAAACCACGCCCAAGGUGAAGUGUGUAUGGAGCAGUGUGAGAGCGCAGCGGCUCUGCUGGAGUCGGUCAGGGAGCAGGAGGUGCAGUUUGAACAGCUGACCCGGGCGCUGGAGGAUGAGAGGAGGAGAGUGGGCCUCCCCGCCACCAGCCCCUCGACCCUGGGUCGCCCCCUCCCUCACACACAGAACGGGCGUUUAGGUGAUGCAGACAUAGAACGACUCAAACUGAUUGACUCGUACAUAAACGGCACACAGUACAGAAUGGUGGACCCUGCACACGGCGCGCUCGACGAGAGCUACACACCAGAAGACGACUCACAGGAAGUGCACUCAGUCUUUUCUGACGAGGGAACCACACGGCGGCAGGAUAAUGGCAUGAAGAAGCCAAUCUCACGCACAGUCCUGCCCUCUGACUCCAUGUCGAUUGACGGGGGCUUGUCGGUGUCUGGGAUGGGGGGUUACAGCGCCACACUGGACCGCUCCUACAGGCAGGCUGUCCCGUCAGACUACCCCACGGCCACAGUGCCCAGAAACUACCACUACGCCCCUGUAGGGGGAUAUGACGACUACCGGGGGGGCCCGCCAUCAGAGGCAUACACCAGCCUGAGCAGGGGCUCGCACAUGGACGAGCGCUACAGGCCAGUUGACGGCUACCGGACCCUGGACUCAGGCUACCGGGCCCCCAGCCGCCAGCAGCUGGACCCGUACGCAGCGCAGCCCCAGGUGAGCCGGGGGAUGAGGGCCCUGGGCUCGGCGCUGGAGGUGCGAUACGGCCACGGCCACUACGGCCUGGAGGACGACCAGCGCAGCGUGGGAUAUGAUGACUACGGCAUGGGGCCCCCACCCAUGCACCCCGGGGGCUACGGCACCAUGCCAGGCCUGGGUCGCGGCCCCGCUGCUAUGGACAGAAGAAGACUGAGGAGCUGUGAGGAUACUUUGGACGGUGACGUCGUUGGAGUUGACCCCUAUGCCUGGGGCGUUCCCAUGACGAUGGAGAGGGGCAGCAUGGCUUCACUGGACAGCACGCUGAGGAAGGGUCCGCCUGGUACAUGGAGACAGCCGGAGCUGCCGGAGGUCAUCGCCAUGUUGAACUUCCGCCUGGACCCCGUCAAGAUCAACGCUGCCGCAUUCCUGCAGCACCUCACAUUCAAAAAUGAUAAGGUUAAGUCAGAGGUGCGGCGCCUGAAGGGCAUCCCAUCCUUGGUGUCGCUGCUCGAUCACCCCACUAAGGAUGUGCACCACUCGGCCUGUGGAGCACUAAAGAACAUUUCAUUUGGGAGGGACCAAGAGAACAAGAUCGCCAUCAAGAACUGCGAUGGAGUGCCCGCUCUGGUCCGGUUACUGAGGAAAACCCACGACCAGGACCUCACUGACACUAUCACAGGCACAUUGUGGAACCUCUCGUCCCACGACUCGGUAAAGAUGGAGAUCGUGGACCACGCCCUGCACGCCCUCGCCGACGAGGUGGUCGUUCCUCACUCCGGCUGGGAGCGAGCGAGCCACGGUGGGGAGGAGAGCUGCAAGCCUCGCCAUCUGGAGUGGGAGACCGCCCUGACCAACACUGCCGGCUGCCUUAGGAAUGUGAGUUCAGAACGCAGCGAGGCCCGGCGAAAAUUGCGGGAAUGCACAGGAUUGGUGGAUUCUCUUAUGUAUGUUGUCCAGUCACAGAUAAACCGCAAAGAUGUGGAUAACAAGUUGGUGGAGAACUGUGUCUGCCUCCUGAGGAAUCUUUCCUACCACGUUCAUCGUGAAGUUCCUGGCUGCGAACGUUACGCUGAGACCGCGCCCGUUAACCAGGGGCCGGUCCCUGCCAACAAAGGGGGCUGCUUCGGCUCUCGAAAGGGCAAAGAUGAGUGGUUUUCAAAAGCAGGAAAGAAGGAUGGAGAUGAUGGGAGCGGAGAUGUGGUCGACAUUCCAAAGAGGACAACACCUGCCAAAGGUUACGAGCUGUUGUAUCAACCAGAGGUGGUCCGUGUUUACACAUCGCUGCUCAGAGAGAGCAAGAACCCCUCGGUGCUCGAGGCUGCUGCUGGGGCCAUCCAGAACCUGUGUGCCGGCCGGUGGACUUAUGGUCGCUACAUCAGGGCCACAGUGCGUCUGGAGAAGGGUCUCCCCAUGAUAGCGGAGCUGCUGGCUCAUGGCAACGACCGCGUGGUGCGGGCAAUGUCCGGAGCUCUGAGGAACCUCUCCAUCGACAACCGCAACUGCCAACUGCUCGGUUUGCACGCCGUGCCUCACCUCGUGGCCAACCUGCCCGGAGGCCAGAGUCAGUCGGGGCGAACUCUAUCGGAGGAGACGGUGGUGUCUGUACUGAGCACGCUCACUGAGGUGCUAGGCAACAGUGUGGAUGCAGCAAAGACUCUCCGAACCUCACAGGGCAUCGAGAGGCUGGUGCUCAUCAACAAGGACGGAAAGCGCUCGGAGCGGGAGGUGCGGGGGGCUGGCCAGGUGCUGCAGCUCGUCUGGGCACACAAGGAGCUCCGCAAGCCUCUGGAGAAGGACGGCUGGAAGAAGACUGACUUCAUGGUCAACCUCAGCGCCACCAACGGGCCGAGCACCCGGGCCAACGGCACCUAUGAAGACAGCACCAUGCCACUGCUGGACAGAGGAGAAAAGAGGGACAUGAUUCCUCUAAAUGACCUCGGCCCUGAGGCGUACUCUACACUGGACCAGAGGGAGAGGAGACACACUCUGGAUGAAACCACAGACACUUUACCGCGAGGGGUGUAUGGGGGCAGAAAGGGGUCCUUGCCCCUGUUGGACUCCUACGAUGGUUAGCCCUCCCACCUCCCCUCUACCCCCUCUGCAUGUAACAGCAUGAAAAAUUGAUAGUGUGCAUCACCCAGACGGGGCCGUCCCUGCCCUACCACUGCUACUGAAGAGAGAAGAUCCAGAUGCACAGUCUCUCCCUCUCGUCUCCCCCCCCCUCCCCUCUUCUCUUUCUCUAUCACCACACAGAUGGGAUCAGAAUAUAAGGGUUGGCAUCCAAAGAAAAGUGGCCGUGUUGCAGGCAAAACGUUUCAUGCAACACACCGUACAGAACCAUACAACUACUUUUUACAAACACAUUCAAUUGUAGCAGCAGAAGUAUAUGACAUUUUAAAUUAUAAUUCUCCUGUAAAGGCAAUCACCUUUGUUGACAAUCAUUUAAUUUCGGUGUUGUCCUCUUGCUUGUUUUUAUUAUUUUCUUGCUAUCGCCAACAUUUUGGUAAAUGUUGUCCUGCCAACACCCGCAUCCUGAUGAUGACUUUGUACGUAGAGUAAUGUAGGGUAUAUACUGUAUAUAAAAAGAAAAAUGGGAUGACUGCAUUAGUUUUGGCUCAUUAAUUUAAAUCGUCCCUUCACUGGGACCGUUGGGAGCUUUGGGCCGACCUGUAGAUUGAGAAUGUUUAUAGGGAGUUAUUUUCCUGUCUAGAGUUAUUUUCUCUCGGUUGGGAUGAGCACAGGUGUAGACCAGAAAAGGGCAGGUGUGUGUAUAUUUCUCAUACAAUAAGCCUGUGGCCGUGUGUGUGUGCGUGUGUGGAAAUAUGGACCUUGGAGUGAGUGUGUUUUGUGUGCGUGUGCACGGACCAGACCCAUAAGACCAUGUGUUGAUAAUUCAUCUGUUCAUGUUGUCUGUUUUUCAAGGUUUGCUUCUACUCCUGUGACAAAGCUUUGUUUGGUUUAAUGUACCAGCUGACUCUUCAAACCUUCAUUUCCAACUAAAAAUGUACAAUUUUAGCCGCUGUCUUGGAUUUUCAGUCUGGAUUUAGCCGACGAGAGCAGUAAAGACUUGACUCUGAAAUGACAAGCUGGUAACAUCAUAAACCACUAAAACAUUUUUGACAUCCUGCUUCAGAAAACAUUCCUUGCUCUACUGUAAAAUAUUCACGCUAUAGACACAACUUACCAUACCUAGUUUAUUCAUUAUUUAGAAAUGAACAAACGCAUCGGGAGGGUCUCUCUGGAAUAAUGAUUUCCUCUUAACAUUUCAAAGAAACCACUACUUUCUUAUUUGAUCAAUAUAUCUGUUCAUAUUGGCGUUCUUGAUGUGCCAUUUUACAAAAGAAAACACUUAAAUAUGGGACACUAAUCCCUCCAAGGAGACUCAAGUUUUAACAGACAGAUCUGGGAGAUAUACUGAUGUUUAAUUUAAUUAGGGAGGUGGACAAAAGCACAUUUUGGUCUAUAAUCCAUUUGUUUUUACCUUCUUUUUUUUGUAUUUUUUCCACUUUUAUGUCAGGUUUGUUUGUAUUUUAUUUCGGGUUUGUAUGUAUGGGAGUGGUGGGUGAGAGAAUUAUGCAAUGUGUUUUAGUCCCAGUUUCCCCCCUGAGUUCUUGUUAAGGCAAAAUAGACCAAACAUCUUUGUUUUGUUUCGUUUUUUACUCUCCACACACAGUAUAUUUGUAAUGUUGCCUAUCCAUGUAAAAUGAUGAUGUACCAUUCAUACCGGCCUUGGCUCUGAGAAGUUGCUUUUUUCAGUAAAGUAUGUAACUGGUAAUACUGUUGUUUUUAUAAAUAAAGAUCUUUUCUUAGACAA